GGCUGCGAUUGCAGCAGCUGCGCAGGGCGAUCGGCUUCUAAGACCCGGGAGCGCCGCGGCUUGACGGGGGCAGGCAGGAGCAGGCUGCAGCCCCGCCCCCAGUUCCCUCCUGCCUGGCGGCGAUUGGUCCUGCGCGGCUUCCAAUCCGGCCAGCCAUCCCCAGCCGGGCCCCUCCCUGCAGAACCCGCCCGAGUGCCCCCGCCAGACCCGGGAAAGCGGGAGAAGUGGACGGCGCGGCUCUUUCGGGUCUUGCUCGUCUCGUCUCCUCCGGGGGCAGGCGGGGCGUCCGCCGGCCAAGGGCCAUGGGGGCGCACCCCCUUGCCUGGCAGGAGCGCCCCGGGCCUCCCAAAGCCGGGGCCAGGUGAUAGCGCGCUCCUCCUUACGCCCAUGAGCAACCCGGAGGGCGCAGAGCUGAAGUUGGAGGCUGUGAUUGAGAAAUUGGAGAGCGGCAUCCUGAUCUCGGCUGAAGGGAAAAGCCUCUCUGUCAGGGGCUCCUGUGAAGACUCCCCCCCCACCCGCUUGCCAGCUCGCAUCCGAGAGAUUGUGGCCAAUAACCUUUCAGAGAGCGGUUGCCAAGUGGCCUACCACGACGAGAUGUCGUCCUUGCUUUCCCUCCAGGAGGAAAACUGCAUCUUGCAGCAGGAGCUCUCUCGGGUGGAGGAUUUGCUGGCCCAGAGCCGUGCAGAGCGUGAUGAGCUGGCCAUCAAGUACAAUGCAAUCAGUGAGCGGCUGGAUCAGGCUAUUCACUGGAGCGCCGCGGGGCUGGGUGUCUGGCAAAGGGAGGCGCAGCUGAGGAGGACCCAGAAGCUGGAGCAGGCUCUGCGCUUGGAGACAGGGGAGCGGGAACGGGAGUCGCUGGAGAACAAGAGCCUGGCCCAGCAGAACAUUGAGCUGCGCCGGCGGCUGGACGAGGAGCAGGCGGCCUACAAGCGCAAGCUCCAGGCCUACCAGGAGGGGCAGCAGCGGCAGGCCCAGCUGGUGCAGAAGCUGCAAGCCAAGGUUGUCCAGUACAAAAAGAAGUGUGGGGAACAGGAGCAGCAGCUGCUUGAGAAAUCGACAGAGUUGGAGCAGCAGCGGCUAGUGAGCCGCCUGGACAUCACAGAGUCGUGCUUGCGCCAUGAUGAGGAGCACAGCAAUGACCUAGAAAACGCCCUGAUCCGGCUCGAGGAAGAGCAGCAAAGGAGUGCCAGCCUUGCCCAGGUCAACGCCAUGCUGAGGGAGCAGCUGGACCAAGCCAACACCGCCAACCAGGCCCUCAGUGAGGACAUCCGGAAGAUGACAACAGACUGGGCCAAAGCCCGGGAUGAGCUGGAGCAGCGGGAGGUGGAGUGGAGGCGAGAGGAGGAGACAUUCAACACGUACUUCAGCAAUGAGCACAGCCGCCUGCUCACCCUCUGGCGGCAAGUGGUGGGUUUCCGGAGGCUCUUUGGUGAACUGAAGACCAUGACAGAGAGGGACCUCUCUGAGCUGAGCCAUGAGCUCUCUCGGUCAAGUCGCACAGUGCACGCCGCCUGUCUGAACCUGAGCAGCACCCUGCGCCUGUCUGAGAGCAGUGCUGGUACGGCCCUGGAGAAGCAGGUGCUGCUGACGGCUCAGCUGGAGGAGCAGCUGAAGGACAAGGUGCGGGACAUGAUCCAGUUGCAGGUGCGCUGUGACAUGGAGAAAGCCGAGCUGAGCAGCAGGAUCAGCGAGGUCACGUCCAGCUUGGAGCGCUUGAAAGCCCAGAGCGCAGAGAAGGCCAAGACAACUGAGGCACUGACCCAGAAGCUGGAGAGCUUGGAAGCCUCUCACGCCCAGGCACAGGCAGCAGCGGAGACCGAGGAGGUUGAAGCCUUGAGGACGGAGUCUGAAAUGCUCCAGCAGACGUUACGAGACCUCGCUCAGGCUGUGAUCUCCGAUGCAGACAGUGCCAUCCACCUCCCGUCCACCGACGCCUCGGACAGCGACGCCACUGGUUUCAGUCUGCGGGGCUUGUCCUCCAGCCUCCGUACGCCCUCCCCACUGCGUCGGUCCUCCCCCUGGCGCAGCUCAUCCCCCCGGCGCAGCAUCUCCCCCAUCUUCCCAGACUCCACGCUGGCUGCGGUGCAGUCAGCCCUGCAGAAGCGUCAGCUGCAGCUCCAGGACCUCCGGGGGAAAUACGAGGCCACCCAGGACCUUGUUUCAUCCCUGAAGAGGCAGCUGGCGGAGAGUGACAAUGAGCGCCAUUCGCUUGAGCAGAAGAUCCUCCAGCUGAAGGAUGACUUGGACAGGCUGGCGCAAGCCAAGGAGGAUGCUGUGCGUGAUGCAAGCCGAUUCCGGUUGUCUGGAGAGCUGCUGGGCAGUGAGAAGACUAACCUGGUAAAGAACCUGCAGUUGUCCCAGGACAAGUUGGAAGGCCUUUGUCAGGAGAAUGAGAAGCUGCAACUGUCCAACAGUAACCUCCAGCGCCAGCGGGACAGCCUGGAGGAGGAGAAGGAGGGCAUCUUGAAGGACCAGGAGCGCGCUCAGAAGGAAAUUGAGCGGAGCCACAAACAGCUGGAGCAGCUGGAAGCAAAGAAGUCCAGCCUGAAGAAAGAGCUUGUGUUGGUCAGGGAGGCUCUGAGCAAAGCCCUUCUGGAGAAGGAGGUGUCUGAGCAGGAGAAAGCCGAUGUGGCUGAAGCCCUCACCAAGGCUGAGGUGAGCCGGGCUGAGCUGGAAUUGGCCCUGAACCGGAUGAAGUCUGAGGAGUCGUUGCUGCAUGACUCGCUCUGUAAGAUGAGUGCCCUCAAUGAGGGGCUGGCACAGGAUAAGACAGAGCUCAAUCAGAUCAUCAUCCAGCUGGAAGAGGAGAAGACCACCCUCCUAGGGAAAAAGCAGGAAGUGGAGCAGGAGAAGGCCACGAUCCGGGAUGAGCUGGUGCGGCUGGAGCAGGAGAAGCUGGACCUGGACACGCAGUGCCACGGAUUGGGCCGCUCCCUGCAGGCCACGGAGCAGAGCCGGGCAGUGCUGGAGCGGGAGGUGCUGGUGCUGCGGCAAGAGAGGGGGCAGCUGCAAGAGCAGUUGGGCCAGCUCUCCCGCCAAAGGGGCGCAGCCGGCGAGGAGCUGGUGCAGGUGCGCCAAGAGCUGGAGCACCACAGCGAGGCCACGCUCCGGGCAGCCAAGGAGAAGGAGGCGCUGAUGAAGGAGAAGGCCAGCUUGGUGGUACAGCUGACAGCCUCGGAGCGGGAGAAUCGUGGCCUGGCCGAGGAGAUUGCUGGCCUCAGGUCUGAAAAAAACUCCUUGGAGACCACCCUCUUUGAGAUCCAACAGCAUCUGGUCCAGCUAGAGGCCCGGAAGCUGCAGCUGGAAGGCGAUGGGCAGAGCUUGCUCCGGGCCAAGGAAGCCUUGCAAGUGGAGCUUGUUGCUGUCCGCAAGGAGAUGGAGGCCGAGGUGAGCCGGCUUCAGAGAGAGAAGGACCUCAUAGCCCAGAAACUUGCUCAGGUGGAGCAGGAGGCCCAGGCCGCCCUGAGGAAUGCGCAGGCAGCUCAUGAGGAGGACGUGGACCGUCUCCAGAGGGAGAAAGAGACGUUGCGCACAGAGCAGGACGCAGAGCGUGAGGAGCUGCUGCGCCAGCUGACGCAAGAGCGGGAGGAGCUCCUGGCCCGCUACGAGGCGGAGAAGGAGGAGAUGGGCGAGGAGAUCACGGCCCUCCAGCAGGAGCGGGACGAGAGCCUCCUCCAGGCCGAGAACGAGAGGCAGCAGGCGCUGUCCCUCAAGGAGUCAGAGAAGGCCAUUCUCCUGGAGAAGCUCUCCAGUGCCCAGCAAAGCUUAGCAAGCAUCACCAUGGAGGCGGAGAGGCAGAAGCGCGAUGCCCAGAGCCGCCAGGAGCAAGAGCGGAGUACCAUCAAUGCCUUGAACUCCGAGCUGCGGAGCCUGCGGGCCCAGUUUGAGGAAGCCAUUGCAGGCCACGAGCGGGAGGUGAAGGCCCUCCAUGAACAGGCCAGGGAUCUGAUGAAGCAGCGAGAGUCAGCCCUCCAUGAGGUGGAGGAGCUGAAGACGCAGCUGCGCAUGGUGGAAGAUGCGCGUGAUCAAACCCGCCGGGAGCUGCUGGAGGCCCACCGCAAGGUGCGAGAAGCCCAGGAGGCCUGUGAGGUGCAGCGCAAGGAGGCCGUGGACCUGCGGAGGGGCCUGAGCGACGAGGCCAAGGAGAAGGAGGCCUUGCGGAGGUCCAAUGUGGAGCUGCGUGUUGCUGUGAAGCGGGCCGAGAGUGACCGCAUCAGUUUGAAGCGGGCCAAUGAGGCGAAGGAGCAGAAGGUCUCUCUCCUGGAGGAGGCCCAGGCAGCUGCAGGCAAGGAGGCUGCCCACCUCCACAGCAGCCUCCAGGAGGUGGAGCGCUCGCGGCUGGAGGCCCGACGGGAACUGCAGGAGCUGCGGAGGCAGAUCAAGAUGCUGGACAGCGAGAACACCAAGAAGAGCACGGAGGCAGCCGAGCUCCAGGCCCGUCUUGCGGUGGAUGAGCAGAGGGAGGAGGAGAGCAGGCGGGAGUCCUUUGGCCUCAAGCAGAAGAUAGUGGAGAGCGAAGCCAGCCGGGAGGCGGCCAGGAAGGAGCUCCACCACCUGCACAGGAAGAUUGUGGACCUGGAGAGUGAGUUCCGCCUGCGGGAGAGGGACCUUCUGGGGGGCCUGGAGGAGGCCCGUGUGAAUGAGAAGAAGCUGCUGGACAACGCCCGCAGCCUGGAGAUCAAGCUGGAGAAGGCGCAGGCUGAGGGGGCCGACCUGAGUCUGCGGCUGAGUGCGGCUGAGGGGCGCGUCCACGGCCUGGAGGUGGAGCUGGCCCGCGUGGAGGGCCUGAAGCGCAACGUGGAGUUCAAGCUGGGCAGCCUCCACUCGGCCCUCCGUCGCACGAUGGGCAUCAGCCACAGAGGCCCUGUCCCAAGCCCAGCCCUCAGGGCCCGCGGUGGCAGGUCCCCCAAGAGGUUCUUCUCUCCUCCUAAAGGUGAUCUUACCACAGAUGGGCUUGAUAGCCCCACACUGCAGGCAGGCAGCCCGACCUCCCGCCCCCUGUCCCCAGAGCGCACCAUCUCCCCCAGCCGGAGUGAGCAGCUGGUGGCUGACAUUGACCCAGAGGUUGUACGUGCUGCACUCCGGGACUUCCUGCAAGAACUGAGGGAGACUCAGGGAGAGCGGGAUGAAGCCCGUUCUCAGCUUGGUGCUUUGAACCGCCAGCUGGCGGAGAUGGAGGCCAAGCGGGAUGCAGCCAGUGCCCGUGUGCAGCAGCUGCAGAAGCAGGUGGCUGAAUGCGAGGAAGGGAGACGCAGCAUGGAGGGAAAGCUGAGUGGCGCCCAGACAGCCCUGGUGCUGCAAGAGGAGACCCUGCGCCGGAACGAGCGGGAACGCAAGGCCCUGGCGGAGAAGCUGGCCAUGCUGGAGCGGAACCUGCAGGCAUCAGACAGCGAGCGGAGAGCUGCGCAGGAGAAGAUCAGCAAGAUGAAGGCCAAUGAGGCCAAACUGGAGAUGGACAAGCGGCGUCUGAAGGACGUCUUGGACGCCUCCGAGAGCCGCAGCACUAAACUAGAGCUUCUGAGGCGGUCGCUGGAGGGGGAAUUGCAGAGGGCCAAGUUGGUGCUGAGCGACCGUGAGACAGAGAUCCGGGUGCUACAUGACCGCAUCGACCUUUUGCAGAGACAGGUGUCUGAGAGCGAGAUGAAAGCCAGCGCCCUGCAGCUGUCCUUGGAUCGCCUCAACCUCUCUCUGGCAAAGGCCAUGGAGGCGGAGAGCUCCCUGAAGGAGAAGGUGCAGGGGCUCAUGGCCUCCCUCUCGGAGAGCCACAGCGACACUGGCGUGGCCCAGGAGAAGGUGCUGCAGCUCCAGAAGGCCCUGACGGCCAGUGAGCACGACCGGCGGGUCUUGCAGGAGCGACUGGAUGCGACCCGCCAGGCUGUCUCUGAAGCCAAGAAUCAGAAUGGGACGCUCUCGGAGUGCCUCCAGGCCCUGAAGGGGGAGCAGGCGGAGCUGGAGCUGCAUAAGGCAGAGCUGGAGGGACUUGUCAAGCAGCAGGAGGAACUGCUGCGCCAACGCCAGGAGGGCGAGGCGGUCGCCCUGAGGAGCUUGCAGAAGGUGCAGGAUGACAGGCACCUCCUUCAGGAGCGGCUCAGCAGCCUUCAGCGGGCCCUGGCCCACCUGGAGAACGAGAAGCGGGAGGCGGAGCGCUCCUCCCUGCGCCUGGAGAAGGACAAGAAUGCCCUGAAGAAGACCCUUGACAAACAGGUGGAACGAGAGAAGCUCAAGACCCACGAGGACUCGGUGCGGCUCUCUGCUGAAAAGGGGCGCCUGGACCGGUCUCUCACUGGCGCGGAGCAGGACCUGACAGAGGCUCAGCAGCAGAUCCGGCUCCUUGAGGCACAGGUCGCAGAGCUGGAACAGGCCCAGGCUGUGGCCAAUUCCUCCAUCCAGCACCGGUAGGAGCUGCAGCUGGAGGUCGAGCGUCUGCACAGCUCUCAACUCCAGGGGGAGCGCACUCUGGAUGCCCGGGAACGUGCCCCACGGCAGCGGGUCAAAGGCCUGGAGGAGCAGGUGAGCCGCUCCCCCCUUGACCUCUAGCUGGCAGGAGGCUUGUGCGUAUGGUACUGACCCCACUGCUGCCUGCUUCUCCCCCACGGAUCUCUACCCUGAUGGAUCAGCUGCAGCAGGAGGGGAGGAAGGGCCAAGGCCACUUCCUCCCGCCCUCCAUCCUCUCAGGAAACUAGCCCGGACCCCUGCCUGUACCCACGAAAGCCUCUCUGCCGCCAAGUGUGUGUGGGGAUUUAGGAGAAUGACACUCCAGACAAACAGCCGCCAGUUACUUAGUCCUUCCAGUCACCAUUGCAAUAGGAAAAAUGCAAAGGAGAAUUGUCAGGUAAUGCUCUCCCCUCCCCACCCAUGGGCAACCAGGAAGCCUUGGCUGCGUGGCCAGGGCCCCUGUCCCCCCUGCAGCAAGAGGGGCCUGCUUCGUGUAGGCCCGCGUCCCGGGGAGUGACUGUUUGGAAUUAGAGGCAGCCCUUUUCCACAGGGCCCCCAGACACUCUAGGGAUUGGGAGGUGCUGCUGUUGCAUUGUAGUUCUGCAACCGUCCUGUCCGCUGGCUCCCAUCUUUUCUCAGCCUCUCCUUGUUAAAUGUGACCAAGAUUUUUUAACCAAAAUGCACAUACUAACUGUGUAUAUAUUUUUCUCUUUAUGUUACAAUUAAUCAAUGAAAGUAGAAAGUUAUAUUUUUUAUAUUGAUUAGUUUGUUGUCAUUAUGGAUAAAAUUGAACUUUACUCCAAACUGAGGCCAGCUCAGAAUAAAAGCUGCCUCUUCUCCCACCUCUUUUGUUAUUUAUUCAUUUAUUGAAAUGUUUGGUAGAAAAGGACUCAUACAAAAAGUAGACGUAC